GGCGACUGACGUCACUGCCAGGCGCCGGGAGGCACGUCGGUCGGUCCUUCGGCGGGCUUUUCGGGGACAAAGAUGUCUAUGGCCAGCGAUUUCUACCUGCGUUACUACGUAGGGCACAAGGGCAAGUUUGGACACGAGUUUCUGGAGUUUGAGUUUCGGCCGGACGGAAAACUUAGGUAUGCCAACAACAGCAAUUAUAAAAAUGAUGUCAUGAUCAGAAAGGAGGCUUAUGUACACAAGAGUGUAAUGGAAGAACUGAAGAGAAUUAUUGAUGACAGUGAAAUUACAAAAGAAGACGAUGCUUUGUGGCCUCCUCCUGACAGGGUUGGCCGACAGGAGCUUGAAAUUGUAAUUGCAGAUGAACACAUUUCUUUUACCACAUCAAAAAUAGGUUCUCUUAUUGAUGUCAAUCAGUCAAAGGAUCCUGAAGGCCUUCGAGUAUUUUACUAUUUGGUACAGGACCUGAAGUGUUUAGUGUUUAGUCUUAUUGGAUUACAUUUCAAGAUUAAACCAAUCUAAACUGUAUGUUUUUUGAAACUGGGUUUAUAUUUAAUUAAGGGGUGAGUGAGGGAGGAUUUGUUCAUUUAUAAUAUUGGGGUUUUUAUGAAUGUGAAGCAAAGUUUUGUAUGCAAAUAGGAAAGAAGACAAUAUCUAAGCAGGCUUAAUGGUUAUCUUCACUUGAGUCCAGGUGGAUUGGGCAGCCACCGCACACAUUAAACUCUGUAAAUAAAAGCCACCUGUUGAAAUUUUGCUCCAAUAAAACAUCAAAGCCUGGA